AUGAAUGGUUAUUGUUUAUCAAAAAAUGAACCAUGUUUAGAAGCAUUUAAAGAUAUUCAAGAAGAUUUUGUUAGAAAAGUUAUUACAGUCCCUAAAUAUAAAAUGGCAAAUUGUAUAAUGCCAAAAUGCAUGUCAACAGUAACAUCAAAAAUAUUUUCAUAUCUUUAUGAUAGUGAUAAAUAUUUAAAAUUUAAUUGGAAAAUGAAUGGUGUAUCACCAUCUCAUCAUAUUAAUGACUUCAGUAAUAUGGAAAAUUUUAUUAGUAAUUUUUUUGGUAGUAGUAAAAUUAAUUUAGAAUAUUGGCAAUUAAGUGUUUUUAUUAGAGAACCAUUAGAUAGAUUUAUAAGUGCUUUCAUAGAUAAAUGUUAUUUAGAAAAUGGUAUACUUCCAUUAGGAUUAUUUUAUCCUGGUUCAGAAUUAUGCUAUGGUUGUAAUAGAAAUAUGUCAUGUUAUAUUACAAAACAAUAUACAAGAAGUGCAUUAUAUUCUAAGUCGUUACAAAAAGUUGUUGGUUAUGAAGAUCAACAUACAUUUCCUCAAAAUUGGUUUUGUAAUUUUGGUGAAUAUAAAAAUAAAUUUAUGAUUUUUAAAACAACAUCUGAUAAAGAAGGUAAAAAUAGAUAUAAAAAUACUAUUAUUAAUAUGUUAAAGAAACAAAAUGUUGAAGAAGAUAAAAUUAAAUAUAUUAAAGAAGUUAUUUUGGAGGAACAUAAAAAUACAACAGAUCCUAUUGAAAUAAAAUUAAAAGAAAAAAAAAGCAAUAUAAAAAAUUAUAAAGAUUUACCUAAUAUACUUAAGAAUGAAUUACUAUCAGAUCCAUAUAUGUAUAAAUUAUUUUUAUCAAUGUAUUAUAAUGAUUAUAUUAUUUUUAAUUAUUCUAUUCCUUUACCAAAAUUUAGUAAUGAAAAUUAG